CCUGCCAGGUGCAGCAGUAGAGGAUGGUGCGCAGACUCAGGAGGAGCGGCGUUUUAGCUUUUAGCUAAAUAACUAGCUAAAUAACUUUUUUAAGGGGGGUCAGUUCCAUAUCCAACUACAUUUAGGUGUGAUCAUUUUAUUUAGACCAAAAUGAUUCUUACCGUAAAACCACUUCAAGGAAAAGAAUGCAGCGUGCAGGUGACUGAAGACGAAAAGGUGUCUACAGUUAAAGAACUUGUGUCCGAGCGUCUUAAUAUACCUGCAAAUCAACAGAGACUACUUUACAAAGGGAAAGCACUGGCAGAUGAACACAGAUUGUGUGAUUACUCCAUCGGCCCGGAGGCCAAAUUGAAUCUUGUGGUUCGCCCAGCGGGAGAGAGGCCUGCUGCUCCUGUCCCCACCAGCAGCAACAGCAGCUCACAGGGGGGAGUAUGGCAGACUGUGUCUAUGGUAUUGGCCAAGCACUUUAGUCCUGCUGAUGCAGCUAAAGUUCAUGAGCAACUUAUUAAGGACUAUGAACGUUCACUACGACAGCUCAGUCUUGAUGACAUUGAGCGCUUGGCUGGAAGACUGCUUCACCCCGAAGGAGAAAGUAUGGACACCUCAUAUAUGGACUGAUUAUAAUGUUACACUUUUGUACUAGUGAUUGUCUUACGGGGAUGUGUUUCGAGAUGCAGUGCCCAUAGCAAUGGGACUCGUUAAGUGAUGAUGUCGCACUUGACACUUGAGAUGAUCUGAUCAGUGGCGAAUCGAAUCGUUUCCUCAUUACAGAUCUCUUUUCUUGACGAUACAGACAAGAAUACAUGAACGUGGUCCAUUUUUAAUUUUAGUAUGGCACAAUCUUAUUAUUCCAAAAUAUAUAGGUAAUUUCUCCAUCUCCUGAGUUAAACACGCCUCUACUACAGUUUAUUUAUUAGUGGUGUUCCUCAGUGUGUGCUUUCUGUUUGAAAUCUCUUCUAUUGUUAUGCAUAUUUUAUCCAUUAUCUGAUGGUCAGUGGAUCAUUUGUAAAUAUGUUUAUAUAUACACACAAUAAAACAUUUAAACACUU